UCUCCCUUACCACCGCACAAUCCAUCCAACCAAACCUGGUUGACUUGCUUUCGCCAUGUCAUCGACGAGAGCGCGGCGGACCGGCGGCAGGCAGUUCGCGGUGGGCGGCCGGUGGCGGCACGUUGCGGUGGUGGACACGGGGUGCGGGUGCCGCCCGCGCCGGCCGAGGCUGCCGCUCAUGAGCCUGCCGUCCUUCCUCAGGCCGUCGGUGACCAGGAGCGGCAGCAGCUCCCGGUCGUCAUCCUUCUUCCCCUCCUCCGCCUCCACCGCGUCAUCUGCCUCCGCCGCCACCUACUCCUCUUACUCCUCUAGUAACUAUGCCAACUACCCACCCUCCGCCCACGUCUACAAGCACCACCAGGAGCCUGCGGUGCCCUACGGGGUCACGGCCAAGGCGUCGGCGCCGGUGCCGGCGCCGGUUGCGAGGAAGAAGGUGGGCAGCAAGGCUAAGAAGAGGCGCGAGAAGAUGGCAGCGGCGGCCGAGGAGGAAGACGGGGAGGACGUCGGGGUGGCGGUAGAGAAGGAGUCGUCGGACCCCCGGGCCGACUUCCGUGACAGCAUGGUGCAGAUGGUGGUGGAGAUGGGGCUCUGCGACUGGGAUGGCCUCCGCUGCAUGCUUCGCCGCCUGCUCGCCCUCAACGCGCCGCGCCACCACGCCGCCAUCCUCGCAGCCUUCGCUGAGGUCUGCGCCCAGUUCGCCUCGGAGCCUCCUGCGCCGCCGCCUCCGGCAUAUCAGUACGACUACUACUACUGACGACUGACCAUUCUCGGCAAGCCGGCCAGGUCGUCUGCUCGUGUACGGUUCUGUUAUGUGUGGGGGCUAGUCUCGAGAUCCUGGCACCACCUGGUGUACGCACCCCGGCCUGGGCGAGGUUACCGGGUGGUGAUAGGAUCUCCCGGAAGAUAAGUUACUAUAAGCUAGUAGUAAAAGAAACUUAGUAUUAGUCGCAGUUUUAUGUGUGGUCACUAGAUCGUUUGGUGUUUUUCUUAAUUUCUGCUUAGUGUUUCAGCGUGUUAUUUCUAGAUUUCUAGUGUCACAUAAUGUGUGUGCUUGUGUGGCCUUCGGUUUUGCAUGAAGCUCACCAAGGAAGUUAGUUAAUUAAUCAGCUCAAAUAUGCAACUAUUUGUGCCAUAAGUAUGAUGUAUUGUGGUGUGUUUAUUAUUAUAUGUAUUUGGCACUUUCUUGUGUA